CGAAGUUAUUGUUAAACUCAUUCUAAUUCGGGUCGUUUAAAAUUUUAUAUUACAUACGAGUAUUUUGAUGCCCGAAGACUUAACUCGGUUGACGUGAGUUCCCUCAGUGAGAUCAAAUCCCGUCUGUUUGUUGCUUCGAUCUCCGUUCCUCUCCGAUCCAACUCAAUCGGUAGAUCGCACAGGAAGGGGAGAUCCGCGCCGCGGUCGAUCUACUCCGAGAGCAAUUGUGCAGUCACUCAAUGUUGGGCGUUUGAAGAACCUUGAUUACGAUUCCGGAUUUAAUCGUGGAGAUUUGGGAUGAAGCAUACCUGAUUCGAGGUGUUUGUGUGAAUUGGAGAUCCAAUAAUUGUGGGGAUAGUCGCAGGAAUUUUGUCCACCCAAACUUUUGUAAACUUCUUUGAUCGAUGUGUCGGCCGUAUUGUUAUUUGGGAUUAGAGAGAGAUAGCUCCCUGAUUUGGUGUGGAAAGGUUUUUGUUUUUUUUUGAGUCUGAGCUGAAACCAACCCACUAGCAAUGGCGAGGCAAGGGAGGAGAAGGGACCGGCUCCAAUGGAGCAAGCUCUACAGCUUUGCUUGCGUCCGCCCGACCGUGUUAGAUGAUGAGCAACCUUCCUCCUUCGUUGGACCCGGUUACUCCCGCAUUGUCCACUGCAACCAGCCGCAGCUCCACCGUAAGAAGCCCUUGAAGUACACCAGCAAUUAUAUCACCACCACGAAAUACAAUAUCAUCACUUUCCUUCCAAAAGCGCUCUUUGAGCAAUUCCGCCGAGUAGCCAAUGUCUAUUUUCUCCUGGCUGCAGUCCUGUCUCUUACCCCUGUUUCCCCUUUCACACCAGUGAGCAUGAUUGCGCCUCUGGCGUUUGUUGUUGGGUUGAGUAUGGCAAAAGAAGCACUGGAAGAUUGGCGGAGAUUUAUGCAAGAUUUGAAAGUAAAUAGCCGAGAGGUCAGUGUCCACAGGGCAGAGGGACAGUUCAGUUACAAACAAUGGCAGAAUAUUCGUGUUGGGGAUGUCGUGAAGGUUGAGAAGGACCAAUUUUUUCCAGCUGACUUGCUUCUACUAUCCUCAAGCUAUGAAGACGGGAUUUGUUAUGUUGAGACAAUGAAUUUGGACGGUGAGACAAAUUUGAAGGUCAAAAGGUCUUUGGAAGUAACUCUGGCUUUGGAUGAUGAUCAGACUUUCAGAGAUUUUACAGCUAUCAUAAGGUGUGAAGACCCAAAUCCUAGUCUAUAUACCUUCGUAGGUAAUAUUGACUUUGAACAACAGCUCCAUUCGCUUGAGCCAAAUCAGAUUCUGCUCAGAGAUUCCAAGCUUAGGAACACUACUUACGUCUAUGGGGUGGCUAUCUUUACUGGUCAUGAUAGUAAAGUUAUGCAGAAUGCCACUAAAUCACCUUCUAAGAGGAGCAGAAUCGAGAAGAAAAUGGAUCAAAUCAUAUACUUUCUCUUUACUGUUCUUGUACUCAUUUCAGUGAUUAGUUCAAUAGGGUUUGCUGUGAUCACCAAAUAUAAGAUGCCAGAUUGGUGGUACUUGCGGCCAGAUAAGGGAACGAGCUUGUAUGAUCCGAAAAGGGCAGCGUUAUCUGGUCUGUUCCAUCUGAUAACUGCUCUUAUUCUCUAUGGAUAUCUGAUACCUAUUUCUCUAUAUGUUUCUAUAGAAGUUGUCAAGGUCUUACAAGCUACGUUCAUUAAUGGAGAUGUUCUCAUGUACGACGAGGACACAGGAAAUCAUGCACAAGCGCGAACUUCAAACUUAAAUGAGGAGCUUGGGCAAGUUGAUACAGUUCUAUCUGAUAAAACGGGUACUUUAACAUGCAACCAGAUGAAUUUUUUAAAAUGUUCCAUUGCCGGAGUUUCAUAUGGUGUACUUUCUAGUGAAGUGGAAAUUGCUGCUGCCAAGCAGAUGGAAUCAGAAGCUACUGGUACUCCUCGGCCGCAAAGUGGCACUCAUGAUAUUUGGAGAGAUGAUGCAUAUAUUCAUGGGUCACCAGCAACUGAUUUGAUACAUGAGAAAAAGUUCACCAUUGAUAAUCCAAGAAAGCCUCCCAUUAAAGGUUUCAGUUUUGAAGAUGAGAGGCUAAUGCAUGGAAAUUGGGCAAAGGAGCCCACAGCUGAUACCAUUCUUCUGUUUUUCAGGAUCCUUGCUUUGUGCCACACUGCAAUUCCUGAACCAAAUGAGGAAACUGAUGGCUUCACUUAUGAAGCUGAAUCUCCAGAUGAAGUAGCAUUUCUUGUUGCAGCUAGGGAAUUUGGCUUUGAAUUUUGUAAGAGAACACAAUCUAGUGUGUUCAUUAGGGAGAAAUAUUCUCCAUCCGAGGACUCCAUAGAGAGGGAGUUGAAGAUUCUCAAUCUGUUGGAAUUCAACAGCAAAAGGAAGAGAAUGUCUGUAAUUGUGCGUGAUGAGAUUGGGAAAAUUUUCCUUUUCUGCAAAGGUGCUGAUAGCAUCAUUUUUGAUAGACUGGCUAAAAAUGGAAGAUUGUAUGAGAGUGAAACAAGCAAACAUUUAACUGAAUAUGGAGAAGCAGGGUUGCGAACGUUAGCACUAGCAUAUAAAGUGCUAGAUCAAUCUGAAUAUUCUGCUUGGAAUGCGGAAUUCCUAAAAGCGAAAACUACUAUUGGAUCUGAUAGAGAAGCUCUAGUUGAGCGAAUCUCUGAUUUAAUGGAAAGAGACUUGAUUCUUGUUGGUGCAACUGCUGUGGAAGAUAAAUUACAGAAAGGAGUUCCUCAAUGUAUAGACAAAUUAGCCCAGGCUGGUAUCAAGAUCUGGGUGCUUACGGGUGACAAGAUUGAAACUGCAGUUAACAUAGGAUUUGCUUGCAGUUUGCUUAGGCAAGGCAUGAAACAAAUUUAUCUAUCUACUGUAAACAAUGACAUGCUGGUACAAGAUGCUAACAAGGCAGCCAAAGAGAACCUUUCGAUGCAAAUAGCUAAUGCCUCUCGAAUGGUCAUGCUGGAGAAGGACCCAUAUGAAGCAUUUGCUUUGAUAAUUGAUGGGAAAACUCUGACAUAUGCAUUAGAGGAUGAUAUGAAGAAUAAUUUCCUGAACCUAGCAGUCAAUUGUGCGUCUGUCCUAUGCUGCCGUGUCUCACCUAGGCAGAAAGCACUGGUAACAAGGUUAGUAAAAGAAGGUACAGGAAAAGUUACUUUAGCCAUAGGUGAUGGUGCAAAUGAUGUAGGCAUGAUUCAAGAGGCUGAUAUUGGUGUUGGUAUCAGUGGUGUGGAAGGGAUGCAGGCAGUCAUGGCUAGUGAUUUCUCCAUUUCUCAGUUUAGAUUCCUAGAAAGACUUCUUGUUGUCCACGGCCAUUGGUGUUACAAGAGGAUAGCACUUAUGAUUUGUUAUUUCUUCUAUAAAAAUAUAGCAUUUGGGCUCACAAUAUUUUACUUUGAGGCAUACACUGGCUUUUCUGGGCAAUCAGUAUAUGACAACUGGUACAUGCUCCUGUUCAAUGUCGUUCUAACAUCAUUGCCAGUCAUAACAUUAGGCGCCUUUGAGCAAGAUGUUUCUUCUGAUGUAUGUUUACAGUUCCCAGCAUUGUACCAACAAGGACCAAAGAACCUAUUUUUCGAUUGGUAUAGGAUUAUUGGCUGGAUGUUCAAUGGCCUCUACACAUCAAUCGCCAUAUACUUCCUCAACAUUGGGAUGCUAUACCAUCAGGCAUUUCGUGCCGGAGGGCAGACGGCAGAUAUGGCUGUUGUCGGAACCACAAUGUUCACCUGCAUCAUUUGGGUAGUCAAUGUGCAAAUUGCCCUUAUUAUGAGCCACUUCACAUGGAUCCAGCAUCUCUUUGUUUGGGGCAGUGUUGCCACAUGGUACCUAUUCUUGGUUGCAUACGGAGCCUCGUCUCAAACAAUCUCCGAGAACUCCUACCAGAUACUCUCGGAAGCUAUCGGACCAGCACCCAUGUUUUGGAUUGCAACUGUUAUAGUCACCUGUGCAUGCAACAUUCCCUAUUUGGUACACAUCUCCUUCCAGAGGAUGUUCAAUCCAUUGGAUCACCAUGUGAUUCAGGAAAUCAAAUAUUACAAGAAGGACGUGGAGGACCAACGCAUGUGGAAAAGAGAGAAGAACAAGGCUCGUCAAAAGACUAAGAUUGGGUUUACUGCUAGGGUCGAUGCCAAGAUCAGGCAUCUUAGAGGGAGAUUAAACAAGAGAGUCCUAUCGACUUCGCCCAAAACUGUACAAGAACAGAUCAUCUGAGGCCUAAAACUGUACAAGAACAGAUCAUCUGAGGCCGUAUACACAUACAUACAUACAUUUUUAUGUUCCUUCUUACUAUAGUUAAGGUUUCCAAAUCCCAAUUAUUCAAUUUUGAUAGCUAAUUGAUUCGUUAAAUAGAAGUCUUCUUUCAGGGUUUGCUAAGUGCUUCCCAUUGUAUAAAUUGUGGAACAUCGAUUGCUUCAUGGAAAUAGUUGUUUUAUAGGUAAAGCAAAUUCAUUUCCAUUGUUGUUGCUACUUUUUACAGGAACAGUCAAGUUUUUUAUCUUGUUC